GACAUAGUGCGCGUAGUACUCUCGCGUUUUGAUGAGCGCAGCCAAAGGCGGACAGGAUAUAGAGUUUCGUUUGUCAACGGUCGUCGCGUUUAGACAUCCAAGACGCUUAAAAUUGUCACUCAAAACAGGCUGAUUGAUCCCGUCUCCGAAAGGCGUUUGAAAUCGGACACCGCUGGCGUUGAGGGCCUCACUCCGCGCGCGGAGUGAUAUGUUGUUGCGUCUGACAAUGUGGACGGAGGAGGUGAAGAUGUCUACGAGAAGAAUGAAAUCGUCUCCUCACUUGUAACAGUGAAAAAAAGAAGCAAGACGCGAGAUUAAGCGAGUAGAAUAGAUUUGUUUGCACACACACUCGACACACUGGAGCAAAACACGAGGAGGCAGCCACUUGAAGAGCGAGCUUCCCGGGACAAAGAAGGGGGAAAAGACGUUCCACGGCGCUCCAAUGCGUCUGGUGCGCUGAGCUCGAAAUUCUCCUCAACUUUUAUGUUUUUCCCCCCCUUCGCCGCUGUCCGCUAUUUCUUCGCCGCUCUUGGAUAGCCGACACCCGUGGAGGAGAGGGUUUGUUAGAGACGGAAGGUUAUGACCGAGCAGCAGCAAAGAAUGGCUGCAGUGGGAACUGACAAGGAACUCAGCGACCUCCUGGAUUUCAGCGCGAUGUUCGCGCCUCCCGUAGCGAACGGCAAGAACAGAACAAUGACCCUUGCCAGCAGCCAGUUCAGCGGCUCAGCACUAGAUGAGCGCAGCAGCUCUGGUUCCUGGGGUUCGGCGGAACAGAACAGCCCUUCUUUCAGCCAGGGACGGGGCUAUGGAGAAGGAUCCCACUACAGUGAACAUGAAGGCUUGGCCUCUCCUUUCAUAAGUUCGGGGAUUGCAGGUAAAAACGAGCGGCCAUCGUACUCUCCCUUUGCAAACCAGCCUGGUUUCCUUCCAAGUGAAAUUGCAAUGCCCAGCCCAGAUGCCAUGUCUCCCUCUGGGCUGAAGUCAGGAUCCCAGUUUUACCAAUCCUACCCGAACAAUCCGCGGAGGAGGCCGCCUGAUGGGGGCUUGGACUCCCAGCCAAAGAAGAUUCGGAAACCCCCUGGCCUUCCUUCCUCGGUGUAUGCUUCCACCUCUGGUGACGAAUAUGCCAGAGACAAUGGAGGUUAUCCUGGCGGUAAGCCCGGCACUGUCUACCCGGGCUCUUUCUACAUGCAAGAAGACCCUUGGUCAUCCACCGGGUACUCCGCCAUGCUGGGUAACUCCCCUCACAUUGGACCACCAGGUUCCUUCUCAUCACUCAACCCGCAAGACAGGAUGAACUAUCCACUGCAUGGCAGCGAAGUCAACGGCUUCCACGCCGCCCCCACCACCUACAACCACACGCCCGCCAUCAACGGAGAUGCCAUCAUGGCAGGCAACAGAGCCACCACAGUCCAAGUCGCCAGUUCUGGAGACGAAAUCGGCAAGGCUCUCGCCUCAAUUUAUCCGUCGGACCACAACAGUAAUAACUUCUCCUCAGCUCCAUCUACUCCAGGGUCUCCUCAGGCUAUUACAGGAGCUCAGUCUCAGUGGCAAAGACCAACCACACCCAGUUUUGAAGGGCAACCACAUCCACUGCGGAGUAAAAUGGAGGACCGUUUGGAGGAGGCCAUCCAUGUGCUGCGGAACCAUGCUGUGGGCCAGGGCCCCGGCUUAGAUGGUGCCCACCCCGACAUGCACAGCCUUCUGUCUGCAGUACACAACGGGGGCCUUGGAUCCCUCUCUCCAGCUUUCCCCAAUGCUAGCCUCGCUCUUAGCAACAGACAUCCUGCUAUGGGAGGGAAACAUGAGGAGGCCACUGGCCUUCCGCCCAGCAGCACACUUCUGCACGGUCAUCACGCGUCCGGGUCCACGCCGUCAGUUGGCCAGCCAGAAGGCUUCUCCACUCUUCCUGGCGGGAUGACGCGCUCCACACACUCCUCCAGCAGUUCGGACAUCAAAAGAGAAGACAAAGAGGAUGAUGAAAACUCGUCCAACGGAGACAAAUCCGACGACGAAAAGAAGGAUUCCAAAGCAGCACGCAGUCGAACAAGAAAGGAGGCGUUGACCCUCCAGAUGCUCUCUAGCCUUUCAGACCCGAAAGAUGACGCCUUCACCGUGCCAUCUCCUUCCAGUCAGGACAAUGAAGACGAUGAGGACCUCCCACCCGAGGUGAAGAUGGAGCGUGAGCGGGAACGGAGAGUGGCCAACAACGCCCGUGAGCGCCUGCGAGUACGGGACAUCAACGAGGCAUUCAAGGAGCUCGGGAGGAUGUGCCAACUGCAUCUCAGCCACGACAAACCUCAGACCAAACUUCUUAUCCUGCACCAAGCCGUCAACGUCAUACUCAAUUUAGAACAACAAGUCAGAGAGCGUAACCUUAACCCUAAGGCAGCGUGUUUAAAGCGUCGCGAGGAGGAAAAGGUGUCCGGGGUGGUGGGUGAAGCGCCCAUGCAGCUCUCAGGAGGCCACCCAAGUAUUGGAGGAGAUGGCCACAAUCCAGUUGGUCACAUGUAACACCAGAUGCCGUGGUGUUUCCUUGGCUCUCAGAGGUUGUGGCCUUAACAGAUUUCUUCCACCUGUUAAGUGUGUGUGCGCGCAUAUGUGGACACGUCUGUGUAUUGUCCGUUCAAGUUUCAAGACACGCUCACACAAUUACACACACACAUUCAAACUGCCAAAAUGGACACAGCCUUUUUGUCGCACUCCCAACCAUGGCUACAAGCUCAAAUGUGAAGAACUUAUUUUUCUUUUUUACUUUAUAUAUAUAUAUAUAUAUAUAUAUAUAUAUGUAUAUGUGUGUGUGUGUAUAUAUAUAUGUAUAUGUAUAUAUAUGUAUAUAUGUAUAUGUGUAUAUAUAUGUAUG